GACUUUUUCCCCCGGGUAUUGAAUUUUUCCCCUUGACAGCUUCAGUAGCCAGAACCAGCCUUCAUCUAGUCAGCCCUUGUUCCUCUUGCUAUAUUUUUAAGCGGGGAAUGAACAAAAAAUAACCUAUAGCUAGAAGACGCCAGAGCAGCGAAUUAAGAAGACACGCAGUGUGGGUUGUUUAGGAUUCAUCUGGUUAGUUCUCUCCACGAGCGCCGAGGGCGCGCGCUUGUCUCGCGUGACAGGAGGACAGAAAAACAGACUAUAAUGUCUGCCAGAGGAGGAAAAAAGAAGGUCACCAAGCUGUCCCGGUCAUCCCGGGCAGGGGUCAUCUUCCCCGUUGGCCGUAUGAUGAGAUACCUGCGCACUGGCACGCAUAAAUAUCGAAUCGGCAUGGGGGCACCAGUCUACAUGGCAGCAGUUAUCGAAUACUUGGCAGCUGAGAUUUUAGAGUUGGCUGGAAAUGCUGCGCGAGACAAUAAAAAAGGCAGAAUCACUCCCAGACAUAUUAAGCUGGCUGUGGCAAAUGAUGAGGAGCUGAACCAGCUUCUUCGUGGUGUCACCAUAUCAAAUGGAGGAGUUCUGCCUCACAUUCACCCGGAGCUGCUCUCCAAGAAGAGAGGAAGCCGCGCCAAAGUGGACAGCCAGCUGCCUGUUCCCGAGAAGCAAGAAUUGCGCUCCAAAAGCAGCAAACCCGUCAAACCCUCGAAAAAGGUUAAGGGCAAACGAGGGCGGAAACCAAAGAACACAGACAACGACAAAGAAUCUGUACCAAACUCCACAGUUGAAGAUGGGCCAGGAGAUGGAUUUACAGUCCUCUCAGCCAAGAGCCUGUUCCUUGGUCAAAAGCUUUCUCUUACAGUGACUGAAAUCGGCAAAAUUGGCACAAUCAAGGUGGAUGCCAUAAUUAACCCAACAAAUGCAGAGAUGGAUCUUAAAGAUGGUGUAGGUCAUGCUUUAGAGAAGGCGGGAGACCAGGAAUUCCUGGAUGGAGUCAAGGAGCUACGGAAAGCACAGGGACCUUUAGCGGUGGCAUCAGUGGCAGUUAGCCAGGCCAGCGGAAUGACGGCCCGUGUCAUCAUCCACUGCAAUGUUCCUCAGUGGGGGUCAGAUAAGUGUGAGGAACACCUAGAGAAGACUGUGGAGAACUGCCUCUCGGCUGCAGAAGAGAAGAAACUCAAGUCUUUGGCUUUCCCGUCACUACCUGCUGGACGGAAUGGAUUCCCAAAGCCAACAGCAGCCCAGCUGAUUCUCAAGGCCAUCUCCAACCACUUUGUGUCAUCCACCAACUCCUCUCUGAAAAACAUAUAUUUUGUUGUGUUUGACAGUGAGAGUAUUGGAAUAUAUCUUCAAGAAAUGGCCAAGUUGGACUCCAAGUAAAAAAAAUAUUUUUUUCUUGCUGUGUCUUGUUGACGGUGUCAACAGCUGAUUACAGUAGUGGAGCUACAGUGGGAGGAAAAAGCAUGUGAACCCUUCGGAAUCUUACAUUUCACAAUUAAUUGUUCAUAAAAUGUGACCGCUGGGUUGGGUUGUUUGGUGUGAAUAGCUUUCUUAAGGUCAUCCCGGGGAAAUGGCAAUGUUAUUUUCAAAGACGUGAAAACAAAAUAGCUUUUUUUUGGGGUUAAUUAGUUUAAACAAACUGUGUAUUUACAUGAUCGGGUCAUAUUUGAUGAUCGAUUCAUGCAGAAAAUUAAGACAUUUCAUAAGGUUUACAAAUCUUUCCUCGAUGCUGUAAAAUUACAACCUCUGGCUAAAAAACAUGGAGUUACCAAUCUCGGAGGAUGUUAGCUCAGUUUAAAAAAACAGAUCAUUGACAUCAACCGGAAUCAAAGUACAGUAAUUUCAAAUGGCAACUUUCUGGCUUGAGGAAACACUAAAAGAAAACCAGAUUAAAAAAAAAAAAAAAAUGCUGGUAAUCACCGAUGGUUUUGUUUUCAGACCGAUGGGGAACAAAUACGGAAUCACUCAGUUCUGAUGAAAAAAAAAUAUGGAAUCAUUACACAAUGUUAAUGCUGUUUGUUCAGUCAGCUUUGUCAUUGAUAAUUUGGUGCUGCAUGUCUGGGACAGGCAUCGGGAGAUUGGUGCUCUUACAUUGUCAAAAAUUUAGAAAAGGAGCAAUAUGUAAGAUUGGUGGCCAAAAACGGUACUGCAAACAAGAUCAAAAUAUAGAAGCGCACAACAUCUUGCCUGGCACGGCCAGACUGUUCUCCCUGUGUUUUUCAAACACUGAGAGAAUAGUCUGGGACCCAGCCCAUUAACGGCCUCUCGAGCAAGUACAAAAUCAAUCGACAAAUCAGAUUCGUUUAUUUGCGUGACGUGUUCUUAACGAGCAAUGUCACUCUUCCGCGUUGGAAGUCGUCUCCACAACAAUACAGAUGGCGAACAGGAGAGCCGAGAAUAUGUUCCAAUCCACGGUAAAAUCAGUUUUAAAUUACCAAAAACACAUCGACACAAGUCAUUGAUAACAGUCUGUCUCGCGCUAGCCAUGUUGAAUAAACUCCGCUCUCCUCGUAUGUUUACUCCCGCGCACAAGUCCCUCGUCCCUCCCGUUGCUGAUUGGUCCACUCCGCUGUCUGUUUGCUGUGGCUUGCUCCGCCCUGGAAAUUUUAUCCGCUUAAUGGUGGCCAGACUCAAUAGCUGGAACAGUGGUGAGUCUGGAGUACCAGGCUACACAACAUCCCCUUUAUAUUGCAUUUCAUUCAGAAACUAGAAAAUGCAAAUUUCUGAAAUUAUCUGCGUAGCUUUGCUGUGCUAGUCAGUAUACUUGCUGUAUAAUUAUAUGCAAGUACAGGUACAAGGACUACAGAUACACGUACUUGCUGUACAAGUACAUGCAAAACAAGUACACGCAAGCGCACGUCCUCGCAGUUCAAGUACAUACAAUUACACGUGCUCGCAGUAUAAGACCACGUAAAUACACGUACUAGUAGUACAAGUAACCAGUAUAAGUACAUAUUCUUGUUGUAUAAGUAAAAGUACUUGUUGUACAAGUGCACAAAGUAUAUGCAUGUCCUUGUCUUAUUUCUGCAGCCUUAUUUUACGAGGUCUACAGAGCUGUGGCAAUCUGGAUGAAGACAAGGAACUUAUCUCAUUAUUGGCUGAUUGGUGGAGGGCGGGACAUUUUUUGUAAACACAGAUUAAAAGCAAUCAUUUUUACGGACUGAUAACAGACUUUUAAAAUUGGAAAAUCUCGGUUUAACCAUUGAAAACCAUGUUCGAAGUAUGUUUCUUCAAUGUCUAUUGAAAUAUGACGACCAUUUCACGAAUAACCGAGUUGAAAAUCUUACAUGUCGCUCCUUUAAUGCGGCAUUUUGGACAUGUUUCUUUUCCCAAGUAUGUUUGGGCAUGUUACAAUUUUUUUCCAAGGUGAUAAUGCAUUUUGCCAUCAAGCAAAAUACACAUAUAGUGAACUUCUGCAAAGUUGGAGCCAGAUUAAUGAAGAGCACUCAGAGACUGCAAGCUGUUAUAAAAGCCAGAGGUGGUGCAUCAAAGUAUUAAGUAUAAGUGUUUGCUUGAUGUGAUUUUUUUCCCCACAGAAUUGAGUGAUUUCAUAAUUCUUUGACCAGAAUUGAUUUCAUUACUUUUCCCUCUCCUUUGUCAGAAAAAGUAACGUUUAACAUUUUUCCCCUCAAUUUGAGUGUUUCUUGAAGCCAAAAAUGUGAUGUCUAUAAUGUCUUUUAGUUUUUUGCCAUGUUUAUGAUUUGUUUUUAUGUUUAUAAAUCAAUUUGAGUGAGGAUCCACCAAUGCUGGUGAUUGUUAUCAUUUUUGCCAGGGGUUCGUAAAAAGGAAAUGUGACCGAAAAAGUUUUUUUUGUUGUUGUUGUUGUUGCUGUCCCCUACAGAUUAGGUAAUUUAAGUCCUUUAAAUUUGUCAUUAUGGUUGCUGUGUCACAGAUGGUUUUACAUUCCAUGUACAAAUAGAAGUUAUUUCUUGGCUUCUGUAGUUUCUGAUACGCUAGUUACUAAAAAUGUGGUACUCAUUCUGCUUUGAAAUAAAAUGUUUUACAUCAUCUGCUUUUGAAAGUUCUUACAUCAAGAAAACACCAGUCAUGUCACACUGUGCACAUUUAUAGUGUUUUUCAGCUACAAUAAUACAAAAAGCAGUAGUAUUGCACAAGCGUUGUUCUAGAUUUGCAGAGUUUAAAAAUACGCAGGGAAACGUAUACCCCGUCUGUCCUGCUUUGUGACCAAUGAGCUGACAGAACACUCAUAUACAAGUACAAGGGCGUAGGUUUGGUCUCAACAUUGGUAGGGACAAUAUUACCGUAAUGCACAUAAUACCAACAAUGAUCCAGAAAAGGGACAGCAAGGUUGACUUUGUUGUUCCUUGUUCAAUGCUAACACUGAUGCGGGUUGGACUCAGUAGCAAAAUUAGUGGCGUU